CUAGCCGUGCUUGGGGACUAGUAGAUCUCCGAGAGGCGGUCCACAGCUAGCAAUGAAGUUCGGGUGCGUUGGCAUCGUUUCCAUCCUCUUCUCUUUCCAAGGAGCCGCGGCGGUCUCUUCGCAGAGGGCAACAGGAGCGAAGUCUUCAAGCAGCCCUUGGCUGUCGCUUCUGACAAACAGCUGGGCGCUGUCUGGGGAGUCGCAGCCUGAUCAGACAAAAGGUCUGGACAGCCUUGCCCAUGACAUCGUCCAGUUGGCCAAGACCGGUGCUGCUGCGCCGGAUGCGACCAUGACCAGUGCGAUAGACAGCAUCCGCAGCAUUGUGACAGACAUGAAGGCUGCAGUGAACGACAGCCACAGUGCAGCUCAGGCGGCGAUUGACCAGAAGGCGAAUCUGGUCACGGCUUGCAAGGCGCCAGCUGCGACGGACAUGACCAACUUCCAGUUGGCGAUGCCUGUGAACGCGGAAGCCGUCCUCACCUGCAGAGAGAGCGAGAAGCCGCUAUACGAUAGCUACACCCUGUGCGAGAGCGAGAAGGCGCGGUGCAGCAACACCAAUGAGUGCUGCGCUGCCUUGGUCCAGCCAAACAAGUACUGCCUGAACCCUGGCAUCGCUCCAUCGCCGCUGCAGUACGAGUCCACCUGUGAGGGGGCGUCCAUGUGCAAGGAGGCGGACAUGACCAGCAAGUUGGCCUUCUUCAAGGGGAAGCUUCAGGAGUUGGAUGCAGCUGAGGCAGCCUGCGAGACUUCCCGCGCAGGCUGCCAGGAAUCCUAUGACUGCGCGACGAAGGAGGCAGCCUGGAAGACCCAAAAGCUGGCCUGCCACGACAAGCAGACUGAGUUCGAGCAGUCCUACUGCAACCUGGCGACCAGCGUAGAGGCCCAAUGGGACUCCUACUUGCGUUGCUACGAUGUGAACAAGACUGGCCUGGUGUCGGAGGAGCAGAAGCAGGCGGCGGCGCUGCCUGGGCGUCAACAGGAGUGGCGGGCGCUGCUGCGCAUCGACUGCCUGCUGAGUGCUCUGGCCUCUUCGGACGUGAACGCGGAACUGGAGACUUGCAUCAAGGCGAACUACACCGCCGACGACUGGAAGCAUCUGAGCCUCUCGUACCCUUCCAAGUUGGACACCUUCGUGGCGCGGCAAAGCUGCUCCGAGGAGCUCCUUGCGCCGGGCACUACGUACUUCAAGGAGCACAUGUACUCCAAGGUGGACAAGGCCCUGAUGCCGGAGCAGCUGACCACCUACUUCUGCGUCUCAGGCCUGAGCACCAGCCACUGCAGCGCCAAGACCAGCGCCAUGCUACUCCUGACCAAGGCUGUGAAGAGGCACCACGGGCACCGGCACCUGACCUUCCGGCGCCUCGCACACAAGCACCACUGAGACAGGCCAGGGAGAGGAGGGAAGGAGGGAAGGAGGCAAGGAGGCAAGGAGGACGGAGGUGAUUUGCGCCAUCUCUGAGAGCUUGCGCUUGGAUGGCGUUGGCCACAGGCGUGGGUGUGACCAUACUGUACUCAAACAGAGUGCAGGUCCAGCGGAUGAGAGAUGCAGAGAGAGAGAGAGAGAGCCCCUGGAAAGAAGCAGGGGAACCUCAAGCGAGCUCACUCGCAAAAGAGGCUUCCUCGCAUAAUUCUGCUGAG